AUUUAUUUGACAGCUUAGACUGAGUGAGAGAGAGAGAGAUCACUUUCCCUUCCAUUUUCCCGGAAAAUCUUUCCUUCUGGCCAAACAUGAGCAACGACUACGAUUAUCUGUUCAAGCUUCUGCUCAUCGGAGACUCGUCUGUCGGAAAAUCGUGCCUUCUUCUCAGAUUCGCCGAUGAUUCGUAUGUGGACAGCUACAUUAGCACCAUCGGAGUUGAUUUCAAAAUAAGAACUGUGGAGCUGGAUGGGAAGACAAUCAAGCUGCAGAUUUGGGAUACUGCUGGACAGGAGCGGUUUCGGACCAUAACAAGCAGUUACUACCGAGGAGCACAUGGGAUCAUUAUUGUCUAUGAUGUUACUGAGAUGGAGAGCUUCAACAACGUGAAGCAGUGGUUGAAUGAGAUUGAUAGAUAUGCAAAUGACUCUGUGUGCAAGCUUCUUGUUGGGAAUAAAUGUGAUUUAGUUGAGAACAAGGUCGUGGACACAGAAACUGCAAAGGCAUUUGCAGAUGAGCUCGGGAUCCCUUUCCUCGAGACAAGUGCUAAAGACUCAAUCAAUGUGGAGCAGGCUUUCCUAACUAUGGCUGGCGAGAUUAAGAAAAAAAUGGGCAACCAGCCAAAUGCUACCGCCCGGUCAUCAAGCACCGUUCAAAUGAAGGGACAGCCGAUUCAGCAGAACAGCAACUGCUGCGGUUAGCUAUUUUUAUUUGUUACUUUUGAAACUCUGUUGUAAGAUGGUGAACCAGGUGGUAAAUAUUUGGUAGACUGAAUGUUAUCAUAUCCAUCUUUCAUAAACAAUUACCCACAUUCGCCUC